AAAAAUUAGUUUUCAAAAUUAAAUAAUAUGAUUGUGUGAGAGAGCUAAAAACAUUGCUCAUUAGUAAAUCAAGUCCAGUAAGAAGAGAAUGGAAGCAACUCAGGAAGACAACGGAAAACCCACCACCGCCGGCGAUGAUGAAGAGCCGAUGGUUGGUCCCGGACCGGCGCCUCGCGCCAGAGCCAAACGUCCUCUGCAGUUCGAACAGGCCUAUCUCGAUUCCCUUCCCUCCGCUAAUAUGUAUGAGAAGAGUUACAUGCACCGCGAUGUGGUUACUCAUGUAGCGGUGUCGGGGGCUGAUUUUUUCAUUACUGGGAGUGCAGAUGGUCAUUUAAAGUUUUGGAAGAAAAAGCCCAUCGGCGUAGAGUUUGCGAAACAUUUUAGGUCCCAUCUUGGUCCAAUUGAAGGCCUUGCGGUUAGUGUAGAUGGCACCCUAUGUUGUACGAUUUCCAGUGACCGUUCAGUGAAAAUAUUUGAUGUAUUUAACUAUGAUAUGAUGGCCAUGAUACGUCUUCCUUUUGUGCCUGGUUGUGUUGAAUGGGUCUACAAACAAGGAGAUGUAAAGGCGAAAUUAGCUAUUAGUGACCGCAACUCUUCUUUCGUUCACAUAUUUGAUGCCCGCUCUGGUUCAAAUGAAUCAAUAACAUCGAGAGAGGUACACAUCGGCCCAAUAAAAUGUAUGAAGUUCAACCAUGAAUAUGACACUGUGAUUUCUGCAGAUGACAAAGGAAUCAUUGAGUACUGGAAUCCGACUUCCCUUCAGUUCCCUGAAACUGGGGUGACUUUUAAGCUUAAAAGUGACACAGACCUGUUUUCGAUCAUAAAAUGCAAGACUACUGUUUCUACCAUUGAGGUAAGUCCAGAUGGUAAGCAAUUUUCAGUCACGUCACCUGAUCGUAGAAUACGCGUAUUUUGGUUCAGAACCGGAAAAUUGAGGCGUGUUUAUGAUGAAUCUCUUGAGGUUGCCCAAGAUCUACAGAGGAGUGAUGUUCCUCCAUACAGGCUUGAAGCUAUUGAUUUUGGACGACGAAUGGCUAUAGAAAAAGAAAUUGAGAAAACAGAAAAUGCACCUCAACCUAAUGCCGUGUUUGAUGAAAGCUCCAACUUCCUUAUAUAUGCCACCCUUCUUGGAAUUAAAGUUAUAAAUCUACAUACCAAUAAAGUUGCGCGGAUCCUAGGAAAGGUGGAGAAUAAUGACAGAUUCUUAAGAAUUGCCUUGUACCAAGGUGAUCGAAGCAGUAAAAGAGCACGAAAGAUUCCUGCUGCUGAGGCAAAUGCCAACGAAAGCAAAGAGCCUCUGAUAGAUCCCACCCUCUUGUGUUGUGCUUUCAAGAAGCAUAGAAUUUACUUAUUCAGCCAGAGAGAACCCGAGGAACCUGAAGAUGCAACAAAGGGCAGAGAUGUCUUUAAUGAAAAACCGCCUGCUGAUGAGCUCUUAUCUGUAUCUGAUAUUGGAAAAGCUGCGACGUCGUCUCUCCCAGAUAAUUUGAUCAUGCAUACUACCAUGGGUGAUAUUCACAUGCGUCUGUAUCCUGAAGAAUGUCCAAGAACAGUGGAGAACUUCACAACACAUUGCAGGAAUGGCUAUUAUGACAAUUUGAUAUUUCACCGUGUUAUCAAAGGUUUUAUGGUUCAGACAGGAGACCCUCUCGGAGAUGGCACUGGAGGACAAUCUAUUUGGGGAAGGGAAUUUGAAGAUGAGUUCCAUAAGAGUUUGAGGCACGACAGGCCCUUCACACUUUCAAUGGCUAAUGCGGGGCCAAACACAAACGGCUCUCAGUUCUUUAUUACAACUGUUGCCACUCCAUGGUUGGACAACAAGCACACUGUUUUUGGCAGAGUUGUAAAAGGGAUGGAUGUUGUCCAGGGUAUAGAGAAAGUAAAGACAGACAAGGGAGACAGGCCAUACCAAGAUGUGAAAAUCCUGAAUGUGACUAUCCCAAAAUGAGAACACCAGCUUACCUUGAAUCGGUGCGCUCUUAAUUAAUUUCACCUUUCGAACAUAGAGUUAAAUCAAAUGUUGAUUCUUAAAUUACUGCUUUUGUAUUGUUCUCUUCAUUUUUGUUAGUUUUGAUUGAGAAGAACUAGAUGAGAAAAUUUGUAACAUGAAUUUUGUUGUUAAUUACUCGUUAGUUUUCAGAGUAAAAAGUACUAAUGCAGUUUGGAAGGCAGAACUUCGUUUGUACUUUAGAGUUGUUCGUAACUUCUAACUUAUGGUUAAUGAAUUUUGUUGUUAAUUA